AUGAGAAUCGAUCUUUCUGUUCCAAAGGUAGGAGUAGAGUUAGAACUCAACAAGCUUCUUGGGAAAGGUUCGUCCGGUUCGGUGAGUCUCAUCAAGUACAAGGGACGACGCGACGGUGAAAUGAUUUACGCAGCCGUAAAAAGCUCCAACGUAAUUCACGCCGACUCUCUCCACAAAGAGUUUCAGAUCCUGUCCGAAUUCAGAGGAUGUUCCAGAAUCGUCCAAUGCUACGGGACCAAAGUGCAAGAGAGUAUCAACAACGAAGGUGACGUGGAGUUCAAGAUUAUCAUGGAGUACGCAUCUGGAGGAAGCUUAAGAAAUUUUAUGAACAGAUUCAAGGACAUGAAACUGCCUGAUCCUUUGAUCAGAAGGUUUACGCGUAUGGUUCUCGAAGGUUUAGCGAUAAUUCAUGGACACGGCUAUGUUCACUGCGAUCUCAAACCCGAAAACAUCCUCGUUUUCCCGGGUUUCGAGUUAAAGAUUUCCGAUUUCGGGUUGUCCAAAAGAGAGGGUGACACAAACUGGUGGACUCUUCAGUAUCCUUUUGCGGGAACACCUAUAUAUAUGUCACCACAAUCUGUUUCCAACGGCGAGACUAGGAGAGGUUUGGAUUUAUGGUCGUUGGGAUGUGUAGUGUUGGAAAUGUACACAGGAAAGAGAUCUUGGUGGGGCAAAAACUAUGACUUGGAAGAUCUCAAGAAGGGUUACAUGCCUUUGAUUCCUAAAGACCUUCCUUGUGAUGCAAAACUCUUUUUAAUGACUUGCUUCGCCGCGGAGACUGACAAGAGAAAAAACGCUUUUACACUGUUGAGGCAUUGCUACUUGCGUGGAGAUGUCAAUAAGAUCACAGAGCCGCCUCUUGUGAAGAGUAAUAAUUCUAAUGAUAUAACACUAGAGUUGGAGAAAAUUGAGCUCAGGCUUUCGCAACUUAGGUGUAAUAUUGGUGGUGGAGAGACUAGUGGGGAAUUGAAAAGUUCAUGA